UUACUUUACAUUUAGUACUUACAGUCUGAGAAAGAGAGUGUAAGAAACAUGUUCAGGUUACUUUUACUACCUCUAUUAUUGUUCCUCUCUACAGUUAAUUCCAGCAUUUACGAUAUAGCAGUUAAUAAUAUAAAAUGCACAUGCGACCGCACAGAUGACUACGACGUUUCGGAAGUGAAACUAUACAUCACUAACUAUGCGAGCGGCGGCGCGGAGACCUCUUACUUCAUUCGGGGCGCCGGCGCGGCCGUCGUCGACAGCCCUGACUUCGACCCCACACAGUGCAUCAACGUGUUCAUCCUCGGCUUCAACACUCCCAUCACCCACGAGGCCGUCGAUGGCAUCAAGUGCGUCUUCUCCAACAUCACCUGCAAUGGAAAGAAGACUUUGGGAAUCAUCGUCGAACAUAUCAAGUACACGGGCGACAGCGGCAACCCUCUCACGACUAUACCCAUGUAUCAAAGGUCUGUCAAGUAUACGAAGUCUAUAGGGUUGGCAAUAGGCAAGUUUCUUGAAGUGGUGCUAAGUAAGGUUAGUAGAGAUUAUCUGAACGUGGCUGGGCAUAGUUUGGGAGCUCACAUGGCUGGCUACGGUGCUGAGUAUCUAAAAAGCAUAGGCAUACCAUUGAAGGUCAUUUACGGAACCGACCCAGCCGGCCCGUGCUACAAGGACUGUUUGGAAGAACAUAUGCAAUCAGGACAGGCAGAUUUAGUAGUUGCAAUGCAUUGUACCAACUCAUUGGGCUCAACUGAAAACGUAUCCGACUACGACUUUUACUCAAACGAUGGAGAAUAUCAAAAAGGUUGCCCCAAAGAAGGCGUUAUAGGAAUGAGUUCGGUAAAGUGCAGUCAUUAUAAAUGUAUAGCGUUAUUGUUGAAUCCGGCCAUUCGGGAUUCUAUUUGGGACGCGACAAAGUGUUCCAAUUUCAAAGAUUAUGACAGCGGAGCGUGCGGUGGCCGCGAGACGACACUGGCUGGCUACACGGUGAAUAUGACAGGGUCUCCCGGUGUGUACUAUUUUGAGCCGACUGCCACACUACCUUGUGAUAUUACGGUCACGAGUUAGAAGGGAAAAGUGGUGAGCUUGAGCAAUGAGCAAGAAUGUUUACAUAGGUUUAUCUUAUACAGUUUGUAAAAAAUAUAUCUGUUUAGUUCCAAA